AGUUCAAAUCGAAGUAAAAAUUCAGCCUCAUCUUUUCAUGUACCCAAGAAUUAUUUUUCUAGUGAUAUAAGUGAUACAGGCAUUGAUUUAGGAGAGAUCACUGAACGUAAUUCAAGUUUUAAUAACCAUUAUUUGUCUAUUACUUUUCCACUAAACUUCAAUAGACAUCAAGAGGCGAUUCCCAAUUCACCCAUUCGUCCAUCCAUGACAUCAAUCACUGUACCAUCGAAUGCCUCUAGGCAAAGAACUGCAGAAUCACUGUUACUGAGAACAAUUACUACUUCCUCUAACGUUGACCCCACCAUAAAAUUCAUGUCCUCCAUAAAGAACAAAAGACGUGAUGUUCGUAGGCUAAACCAUAGAAAUGACUUUUCUACUGCUACUUACUCACCUUACUCUAAAAGAACAAGCUCCUCAACAAUCAAAGUCGACCAUUUCAUUACAUUUGCCGAUGAGUACAAUUUGACUAUUAGUAAAAAAUCUCCUCAUGCCACAAAAAAUACUCUAACUCCGCCAAAAACCUCGCGGUUUUUAGAAAAACAUACUACUGUAAAUUAUUUGGACAGCACUCUAAAGGAUAUUGGGAGUCGUGAUCCAAAAUAUCAUUUUCCUGUGGUCACUAAUCAAUCAUCCACCUUCAACUCGUCAAAAGCCUCCUUCCCGACAAAGACUAGAGACAGGAAUCCUCUUGGCAAUCGGAAAUUAAAAGCAAAUAACAGCCGUAAAAAUACAACCAACAAUCAGCAUGUCAGAGGGUCGAAGUCCCACCGAGUUCUAUCAAGUACGAGUUCAAAAUAUCCGUCACAAACAAUGACCAAUCCAGACAUCUCAACCCUCCAAUGGAGUAGUGGUAACGGAAAUUUCUCUGGAAACGAGCAACAAGUAUCCUUUAACACUUCUAGCCUUGAUACUUUUGGAUCAACUGCACCAAACAAUGGAAGUGCACAAAUAUUGAUCUCAAAUAAGAGAGCACAUAGACCUUCAGCACGUCGUUUAUCAGGAAGCGAGCAUAUUUUCCGUUGGAAAAUCAAAACGAGAGGUCCUUUCAGUGUAAGCCGAUUAACUCCAAAAAUAAGUUCAGAAACGACUCCCACCAAACUCAUAUCGAAAGAUACACAGGCUCGGAAUUCUAAAACUCCCAGCCCUGUAAAUGAUAGCAGAAUUCCCAGCAUUGUUCACGAUGCAUAUGAUACUCAUAGAAACGGAGCUAAAAAUACUGAGUUCCCUAGAUUCUCCUCCAAAAGGGCUAGUAUUGGACGAUCAGUUGCUCCUCCGCUCGGUGUUGAACAAUUUUUCUCCUGGAAAACUAAAAAGCGUCGUCCUUCUAGUGGUUCAAGGUUUAAUCGUCAGAAUUCAACAUCCAUAACUCCAUAUUUUUCAAAAGAAAACAAAGGGUCCUCGUGCACAUGCGCACAUCCUGCACAUGAAAUAGUCACAAGUCCUUCGGUCCCACAUGCAUCUUCUUUUUCCAACAAGCUUCAGUCUGCUCAUCAAAAAAAUGCGCGACCACACUCUAGAACAUCAAUGUCGCCCUCAAACAUAGGUAUUACCAGGGACAGACUAAAUCUCCCACGAAUCGUCCAAAAAUCGCAUCCUGAAAUCGGUGCAAAGAACACAAUUUUCAGUAAUACAACUGAAAAUACGUCAUCCCUUCAAAUAUUUAGUACAAAGCCUCAACGACGACCAUUGAAACCUUCUUUCAGAGCCGGACAAUUUUUUCCAUGGAAUUUUGAGAAACCAAGUCUUCAAAAAGCUCGUCAAAACUCUACACCUCGGGUUGAUUUGCAUAGUACUACCUCUAGGGUUGCAGGAAAUUCAGAAAAACAGGUAGUGACACCUUUCUUAGGAGUUGAGCAGUUGCUUUCUUGGAAGGUAAAAAAGUAUAGCUCAUUAACUUAUCCAAAAUUAUUUCCGGUCAGUAACCUUACUAGUACCGUUUCCCCCCAUCAGUCCAUUGGUGCAUCAUUUCCUGAGUGGUCGGUAGCAUUCCCGUCUAGAGGUUUUUCUUCAAUGACAAAUAAAAAAAUUAGCCGACUAGACUUCCAAAAAAAUAUUUUUAAUAUUAAUCAAAGAGUUAGUACUAAUCAGCCAUUCAUAUCUAACACAAGAUACGGUGAAAAUAUUUUUAAAGAGUUGCUGAAGCCACUUUUGUUUCCUACAGCUCCAGCUAAAGGCCAUAAUCAUCAUCAACCGGAAAUAACAUCACGGAUUCCUUAUUUCGGGAGAUCUGACUCGAACUUGGCUCUUACUCUCAACCCUAUGUUCGUAAGAAAAAUUGAUAGCCUUAAAGCAAAAGUUUUUAGUCCAAGUACGAUACGUUUUUUUGAUCCACCGAGAGUUUUUGUAACACGAGUCAGUAGUAUACAGCCAACAGCACCACCUUUCGCUUCAAAAUCUAAUUUCAAAUCAAAAAUAAAAUCAUACUUCACUUUAAUACUUAACACCACCAGAGGGCCACUUACAACACAAUUUGUACCCCCUCAAAGGAAUUUUUCUUCUCAGGGUUCAACCAAAUCAGCAAUAACACAAUCUAUUGGAUUUAAAGAUGUCAUCUCGUGGAUGAAUAAAACGCACUUGUUACCUAAUUACAACACAAGUAUAGAAUCAUGGUGGCCUGAUUUAAAAAAAGAAAUUGAGUCCUGGAGAAUUUUACAAAAGGUCUCCCCCACGCAAAGUACUCUGCGGGAUGGAUUGACUUAUGAGCAUAUAAAAAACCGGAAUUCAAUCAUUGGAAAAACUUACACUCCAAUUAGCCAAGCUGUGAACAUUACAAAAACACCUCUCCCUGAAUACGAUAUCAUCAAACCUACGGAAAAUCUAGUAGAAAGAAAAAGAGCAGAAACCAAGAACAAUGCUAUAACAGUGAAAUUAUCCACCAGAAAAGGUACUCUAUGGGACGACUCAAUUUAUGAGCCUUCCAAAGACCGGAAAUCAACGAAUGAUCAAUAUCCUACUCUGAUAACGGAGGCUGUAAAUGUUACGAAACCAUCUCCUAGUGAAAUCAAUGUUGACAAAACUACAGAAACGCCUUUGCAAACAAAACGGGCAGAACCACAGAACGCUCCAAUAACAAAGAGUUUAUCAAGAUCGUUUGUUAAAGAAACAUCUAAUAAAUCUACCAUCAUUUUUGAUGUAGUAACUACUUCUGUCAAUAGAUCUGUGAUACUACCAACGAGAAUUUCAACUGUUGAAUCAACUAACGUUCCAGCCACAGAGCUUCUGACAAGAGGACUAUGGAGUGAGCGCAGACAACAAUCGGACAGUACAUCAAAAAUUAUUACUAGUCUCUCUGAACUAGGAACUACUUAUAUCACGAGUGCCUCUAAAGAGAGACAAGCGCACUUUAAAUCAGAUCCUGACCCAAAAUUCAUCGUCACAGAUCCUCCGUCUCGACAUACAACAUUGGCAAUCAUUGAACAUGGAACAACCCAAGCAGAGAAUCGUGCUUCGGAGAAACUUGUGGCAGAUACUCCUAAACCUUUGCCUACGAAUCAAUAUACUAUUGAAACAUCAACGGAAACAACCCUUGCCAAGAGAAAACUCCUUCCACUUAGAGGCACGACGAGCGUCUCAAAAUCUCUACACGUAGGCACCUCUUCUUUUCAGACGACUUUAAACACAGCUAAUGAAGGCACAGAUACUGCUGAAGCAAUGCCUACUAUAGUAAGCAGACCCUCCGUAACAACAUUUAAGAUUAAUGAAAAUGGAAUUGCGUCUCCUCGUAUACCUCCAACUAUUCAAAUCUCUCCGGAAGGAACUCAGACACCAAGCUCCUUUCCUCGUAUACCUCCAACCAUUCAAAUCUCUCCGGAAGGAACUCAGACACCAAGCUCUUUUAAUGUGAUGCCUAAAUUGGAACCUGGUCUUAAAAGCGCGACCACUAUUAAAUUGUUAGAUAUUGGGAAUACUCAUUUGGAUGUUAUUGCAGCAGAAGAGGCAAACUUUCACCUGAAAGAAAGACCAAGUACGAUAACUACGAAUCCUCUUCUUCCAAAAAGAAUAACGACAUCCUUUGGGUCUCGGAAGCUCCCUGUGGAAGUACCCACCUCACCACCUCAAUCAUUUUCAGACGUGGAGCAAGACUCUGGUCAAACAACAACACACACACCUAUCCGCGAGCUGAAAUUCUACCCUAAACAGGUAAUCAGCAGUACUCUCCUACCAACGUCAUACAGCGUUUCAAAAUUCAAAAACAUCCCACAGUCCACUGACGAGUUGGACGUGACGUCCCCCACAAUUAUACCCUCAAAGGGCACUGGAACUAUUAAAUCAACAAAGCUACCAUCCAUCGAGAAUCUUGUUGAAAAGCCUUCGACGCGAAGUUCUUUAGGAGGGUGGAAGGAGCCUCCGGGAUCUACGCCUAAACGCACCACCAGUUUUCCCAAAAAUGAAGCCACCGACUUCCCAGCUUCCUUGGAUGGGAAGCGGGUUACUCUUAAACCUGAAUCUGACCGAACAAUCAUUGUCACGAAUCUACCUCUUAAAGAUGGAACUGUGACAUUCCUUGUAUCCAAAAAAUUCCACGCAGAAAAACCUGCUUCAGUGCCCGCGGAUACACCUGAGACCACAAUAACAGAUCUGUUUACCAAGAAAAGUUUUACACUAACUCCUCUCGAUGAGCGCAGGAAUUUCCCGGAAGGAAGUAGGACGAGUACCUCUCAAACGCAGCACAGGAGUAGCACAUCAUUUGGGAUGAUUAUGAAUAGAGUCAGUGGAUCUUCAGAUAACGUCCACAUUUUACCCACAACUAUAGACAGCUCCCGAGGGAGAUCCGUUCAGCAAAAUAUGAUCAGAAUUAUUCCUUCUUCAAUCUCAACAGCUACAGAAAUAUCUCAGGAAGACAUCUCAACCCCAGGUUCCGCAGGUGUGGAACGUAGACUGGAAUCUGUGAAUGAUAACUUCACACAUGCUUAUCAUCCUAGAAUCUUCGAAGAUUCGACGGAUAGGGGACACACGAACUUCCAGCGGGUAGAUGACACUAGUAUGGAAACUACGAAUGCUCAUUUCCACAAAAAUACCACAACAUUAUCACCGGACGCACGGAAACUCCCUGCAGAUAUUCCGUCUUAUUUGCAUACAACAUUCUCAGAUGAGAGGUUAGGGUUUGAGCCAACGAUAAGGAAACAAUUUCUCAACAACAAAAUAGUCAAUCACACAUCCACUACCAAUGGACUUUUAAUAACUUACGAUUUCGAGGAACCAACUCCAGGAGUCACCUCGCAGGUCAUGGAAAAGUUUCAUUUUACAAGCUCCUCUACGAUUAAACCACAGGCACAUCCAAAAAUCAUAGUAACCGUUCAAGCAUCCGAUAAUUCGACCAAAAUGCACCUUGGUAAAGAAUCGCCUACACGCAGUCUCUCGAUCACGCCCAGAUUAUACCCAGAGCAUGACUCGAAGAGUAGCGUUAGUCCGGAUGUAGAUAAAAGCACCAAUGUCUCUCCAUCUGGUAGUAACUUCGACCUCAAGAAAUAUCACUAUCCAGAAACAAACCAGACUUCCACGCCGUUGAACGAAGCUACAGACUUCACACAAAAUUCUACCAUCUCACCCAAUGUAGACGCAUUUAAUAACAAAUUUUCUCAAAAAACGCAAGCAAAAACAAUUUUCGAUGAUUCAACAGGAAGAAUAUCCGAACCUACUGUAAAAGAGGAACCAGAUGAAGCCAUCACCAGCUUUGAGGUACCAAGCACUCCCACAAGUAGACCUCAUAUAUCUUUUAAAAACAUUCAAAUCUUUGGUUCUACAGAACUUCCAGCGACAAAAGAGUCUGACGAAAAAUCUCCAAGAAAGCCCUAUUUGAAAGAGCCAAAGCUGCUGCCGCAGCGUGACGCGAAUAACACUGUUAACCUCCUUGAACAGGAAUCCACGCACUCCACACCUCUCUCGGAGACAGGACAAACGUUCCUCAAACCAAGACAACCCGAGACAAGCAUCAUUGGAACAAAUCCUCUUCCUACCUACAUAACUGCAGCAUUUGCGGAGCGCAGAAAAAUUGAGACCGAAAAACCUGCCGAGCUUCCCGUUGCCACUUCUAUGCCACCCCCUUUGGAGUAUAUUACUUUUGAAACUCCUACACGGAGUCCUCUCCUCAGUCACCAAUUCUCACCUCAUGGGAGCUCGACGAGCAUCGCAAAAACUCAAAACAGGAAGAACAUAACGUCUACGAAGAUUUCCAGCCAAGCUGACGGUGUUACAGAAGAUGCUGCUUUAACACUCAUAACUUCAGGCAGUUACUCUCUGACAUCAUCUCACUUUAAUAAGUCUAAAAUUACUCCUCCCUCUUUCUCUCCAAAUGUGGACAUUUUUUCUGAGAAAUCUUCGACUGGAAACAUCUCGCAUGCAGAGCGUCAAUUCCUGCCCACUCGCGUGAGUAUGACAACCACAAGUCUUCCGAAAGAAAGGAUUACAGAUUCUCUAACUGCUACUACGACGGGAAUAGAGGAAUUUCAGCAAAAGGAAGAGCCCAACGUGUCUAGAACAGUGCGUCCCACAGGUAACGAGAGCAAGUCGUCAGUAGAUUCUCGGGGGUUUUCUGCGGCUCUCCCAUCUUUAGCGCCUACGACAUUCUCCAAACCUGUAGAAAGUCUCACCCAAACUACUCCGUCAAUAUUUCUACAAGAGCGAUUAGUCCAUGAGGAACAAAAAACCAGCAGUGCUCUUGAACCUGAAACAACGGACAGUCCAAGAUUUACAUUCUCCUCUCUGGUUGCACGCAAAAUAACUACCCCAACUCCUUCGGUUAGCUCGAUUUCGAUGCCUCCACAGAAUAUUCUGGUAUUUGCAACGGCAAAACUUCCGACCAUCGACAGCUUUGGUAACCACCAUAAUCGUAGUAUCCAAAAUGAGCAUAAUUUGCCCCUGGACCUCACCUCAAGCGCCGCUGUAAAUGUUCCCAGACUAAAACCCACCAUCACUCCGACUAUCCUUCCUUUCAGUCGAAUUCAAGGAGAGGGACUCCUUCUGCAAACCAGUCCGACAGCAAAUAACAACUUUUAUGCAAUACACCCAGCAGAAGUCAAAACGACUUUUGAGCCAGAGGAAGAGUCUACAUUGAUUGUCACCAACCUUCCACUAAAGCAUGCGGCCGUAGCAUCGACCAAGAAUCGGAGAGUGCCUUUCAUGCAGUCUCCGUCACUUUCGACCUUUAUGCCACAAACCCCAUCAACAGACACUUUUGAUCAGAAAACCCCCUAUCAAAGCUAUCUCGAGUCAUCAGGCAAGCCGAAAUUCGUACCUUUCACCACGUCUAUCCAGAAUACGAAGAGGUUACCUUUCAACUCACAUAAAAGUCGUGCUGAAGACGAUUUUCUACCAACCAUCCCUGCCAAUGCUCACACAAACAUCCAACCAGAGCCCAAGUUAAGUUAUAAUGUGACUCAUCCUCCAACAAAAUAUAGUUUCAAAAUACCCAUUGAAGGCAAGACGGCCCCCCUUGAAAAUUCUUCAUUCCUCUCAUCCACUCGUGAGGCCUCGGCAACAGACAUUUUAAAUCAGGUAACUGUACAACAAGGAUACCUCAAACCGCAAGCUCAGCUUCAAUUCGUACCCUCUAUUCCCUAUAUUCCGUUUGCAAAGACGGUAUCAUUCACCUCUCGUAACACGACGGUAGAGGGUGACUUCUUUCCGACCACUCCUGCGGAGACUCAGACAAAUCUCAACCAGGAGCCCAGGCCCAGGUCCAUUGGCACUGAUCCAUCUCUAGAAUAUACUACCAAAAUGCCUGUCAAAAGCGGAAAAAUUCCUACUAACAAACAUUCCUUCCUUCCCUUACACACUCGUCAAUCCUUACUACCAGACAUGUUUCCGCAGGUAACUACAUUGCAAAGCUACUUCGUGCCUUAUGCCGAGCCUAAAUUCUUAACCUUCACUCGUCCUUUCAUAAAUGCGGAGAGGGCAUCGCUCACUUCAAUUAACACCCCUAUAGAGGACGAUUUUCCCCCAACCAUAACUACAGAAACCCUAACAAGCAUCAGCCCGGAGCAUCGGGCGAGACGUAUUUCCACCAUUCCGCCUUUUAAAGAGACUGCCACAAAACUCGCUAUAAGUAAGGAAACCCUUCAUAGAAAAUCUUCCUCGCACCUCAAAUACACUCACGAGAUAUCAUCAACGGAAAAAUUGGAUCAGGAAACUCUACAGCAAGACAAUUUUCAGCCUCGAGCCAAAUCUAAAAAAGCGGGUUCAAUAGCUCCCAUUCAAAAUGCAAUGAGGUCAUCAUCCAUUUCCCACGAAACUGCUGGAGAGGACAAUCUCCUACCAACUUUUCCUGCUGAAACCGAUUCAAACCGCCAUUCAGAGCCCGAAUCAAAAGAAAUUUCCACUAUUUUUCUUCCGAGCUAUACUGUUAAAAUGUCCGUCGAUCAAAGAAAAAUUCAGGUAAUGAAAUCUGCCUUACUUCCAUCAUCUACUCGCAAAGCCUUCGCAACAAACGCCUUUGGCCAAGGUACUCCAGAACAAAGGUAUUUCGAAACUGGUGCGAGGCCUAAAUUCUCAGAACCGAUCCAUACCAUCGAUUAUACAGAGCGGGCAUUUUUUACGCGUCCAAAUACUCCUGCAGAGAACAGCAUCUUACCGAUCAUUCCUGAGGAAGCCCAGACAUAUCCUGAUCCACAGCUGAAAUCACGAUACAUCGGCACUGGUCCUUCGCUAAAAUAUCCUACCAAGACUACCGUCGGUAACAGAAAUAUCCCUGUUAUGAGACAUUCCUCACCCCCUUCAUAUACUCGUCAGGCCUCACUGACGGCCAUCGUUUCUCAGGAUAGCACACAGCAAAUACCACCUUUGUCAUCUAAAACUGUUUCGAAGAAAAGCUUUCAGAGAGCCACGACACUCUCUCCCUUUAGCGAAAAAGCUCUGUUUUCAGAACAGACUGCCAACAGCUCUUCCUGGUCACACCAAUCAGACGAUUCAAAAUUUAGAACCACCUCCCCUGUAACUGGUGAGUAUCAGACAAUAAUACCAAUCACUAGCAGGCCCAACAUGCUGCAAAGGAAUUUCUCCGUAAUCGAAUCGGCAGACUCUCAAGUCACAAAGCGCUCCGAAGAGCAGUAUCCGUUCAGAAACUCUAGUGUUGAGCUUAAAUCAAACCUUCAGCGAAUCUCGAAGAACGAUGAUACUUUCCCCGAAAAAGAAAUUAAUAGUACAAUGCUUCAAAUUGUGAAUGAAAGUCCUUCAAUUGCAGAUAAUAACGGGAAAGACGUGACAAGAGACGAGCGAAUGGAAAUUAAAAAAGUUAGCCUAAAAGAAAUUGGAAAUCGGGAAAGUCGCAUUAGGUACGAGAGUAGUUCGAUCAGUUUUUCAAACGACUCAAUAACCAUUCCCACUGAGAUGCCAACCGAUGACACGUAUACCGAUGAACCAUCAUUUGAAUUUACUGAAUUUUUAAGCAGUGGCUUACAGUCAAUCGGACAAGCAAUAAUUUCUCCUCUUGAAGCACUGAGACGCACCAUCGUAAGUCUGCUUACGCGUGAAGAGGGAGAUCCUAGUGACUUUUUAUCAACAACCUCUAACCCAAAAGAAGAGAAUACGGAAGUCCUCUCCACCUUCUCCCUCCCCUCUUUAAAGGUAGAGAAUUCCAUCUCAUUGCCUAUGCAUGCACCUAAAUCAGUUAAGACCACACAAUUGACCACAUUUCCGGCAAAUUCUAAAGACAUGACUCGUAUACGUACGCUUCGUCCUUUAAAUCAGGAAGAAAUGCAAUCCUUUGAGCAAACAUAUUGGCGCAGCUUCACAAAUUCGCAUACCCAACGUCUCUUGAGUCAUUUUCCAUUAUCAACUUCAAUAAGUGAGCGUAGGCAAAGUGAUUUUGCCUCUAGACAACCUUUUGUCCCAAACAUGUCACAGAGGCAUCACCAAACGAACAAAACUUGGCACAAAAAUACUUCCUUCCCCAAAAACACAGAGAGCACUGUGAGAGUGACUAAAGGAGUGACUAAGGAAGUUUUUGGAACCCACUUUUCAUUUAAUGGAGUGUCCGUAUCCCAUUAUAAUUCAACUCCAAUACCUACUUCCUAUUCAGAGACGAUCCCUCCUCUAACAAUCAACCCUUAUUACUCAAAACCAAUCCGAUCACCUUUAGGUAGAAGAACUGCAACGAAGGUACAAAAGAAAACAAAUUUCGGGGGACUAACUCCUAAGUCUGACCACCAUCGACUCCUCCGAUCACCAGUUGACCAAAAUAGUAAAAUUGGUGAUGAUACGAAUGUUCCUGACGUAAUUGCUAAGAAACUGGAGCACCAAAACGAUGACGUGCAGCUCUUGCCUUUGAAGGGGGAAGACUUUCCAUCCGAUGAUUUGGAUCAUAGAUAUCGUCUUCAUAUACCUGUAAAACCAAAAGCAUUUUCUAAGUUUUUUCCAAUUUUACACAGAUGACCGCUCAUUGGAAUAUGUUUCAGACUUGAAAAAGA